AUGGCGGGAUCUUCAACACAAGCCUUUCCCAAAUUCGGUGACGGCGACGUCCUUCUGAUUAUCUCGACGACACAAUACUACAAGCUCCAUUCCCAAGUCUUGUCGACACAUUCCCAAUGGUUUGCAGAGCAGAUCGCAGCAAAGCCAGCGCCGCGUCUCAACGCACAAGCGCGUCGCGAGAAUGCAGCGGCGUAUCGAUUUGAAUUGCAGGCAGUACCCGUAGGAGAAGGUCCAGGCCGGUUCAUUCGCAUUGACGUCAACGAGUCUGGCCGGUCACCUCGUUCGUCUCUCCCUAUGAUGCCCAACUUUGAAAAUGGCAAGGUCGAAAGCAUGACCAACCAGUGCUGGGACUGGCUCUUUGGGGUUUUUUACAAUCGCGAACCACGCUUCGACGACGGGUCGUUGGCGUCGGUGCUUACGUGCGUCAUGGGGCUGAUCGAGGUUGCGGAAUCGGUCAACGCGAUCGACCAGGUGCGCGACAUCGUCGACCUUGCCCUCAUGCGCCAGGAUGCGGUCCUGUGGACAUCCAUCAUGGGCAACCCGGUCGUGUGGAUCGAACUGGGCCGCCGUGUCCGGUCGCCGGCAAUCUACCGCGAAGCAGCCAUCCACCUCAUCGGGCAGUGGGGGAUGAUCGCAGACGAGGACAAGGACAGAAUCGGCGGCGACAUCCGCGCGGUGCUGGACCGCAAGGCCGAGGAGCUCGCGCUGGCAAAGGAGGCCAUCGAGAUGCGCAUCCUCGGACACUACCCUGCAUUCAUGACGCGCACGGCGGCCGAGAAGCCCGGGCGACCGUCGUACAGCGGCGACAUCUACAUGUGGAUGAGCGUGUGUUUCUUCCGGCAGUGGUUCGCGCAGAACAUCAGCGACGACCGCACCCGCCGCGCCCCGGACGGCGGCCUGAACUUCUACAGUGCCCUGCACGAGGGUGGCGGCGCGUACCUCACCCACCUCGACUUCAAGACGUUCCACCAGUACUUCCCCAUGAGCAUCAAGGCGUGCCACGUCCUCGAGGCCAACAUGGGCGUGCUGAAGGAGGACGUGAAGCAGUUUGUCAGCGAGCUGAUGGAGGAGCGCACCCAUCUGAAGAGAGCCGAACACCCCAUUACCUGGUUGACGUGCGCGAGGGUCGGUAAGGAGGACAUGCCUUGGUUCCCUGAGGCUUCAACUUCGAGGCCGGGUUCAGGAUCUGUCCCGUCGUCGUCUUCGUCGUCGUCGUCAUCGGCAGCAAGACUCGGAGCAACGAGAAGACGCCAGGACGAGGAAUUGAGGAAGUUGUACGAUGCCCUCAGCCACGAGAACGAGGCUAUGCUGAUGGCCGCUGCGGCCGGUCAGAGUCAACAAACACAACAGGCACAACAACACGCCAACAAAAGUGCGAAUACAGGCAGACAGCAGCAACGCGGGAAGAAGCGUGCGAGGGUCUACAGUAGUGACGACGAAGGCUACGAGGACGACGAGAACGAGAACGAGAACGGCGAUGACGUUGUUCAGAGUCUUGAAUUCCCUGAUGAUGCUGGUGUCGACCCUGCUGGUGCCGGUGCUGCUGCUAUUGGUGGUCCUACCGGUAGUAUCGUCGGCGACAUGGGCGGUUUGGCUGCUUGUAGUAGUAGUACUGCAGGUGGCGACGAGCUUUUUGGCCACGGCGACGGCAGUGGAAUGUUUCUGCCCGAAGGUACCGUCGACUUUAUGGGCCAGGACGAAUACUGA